GUGCCCGUCCCCCCGGUGCCGGCGUCGCUCCGGUGUCGCCAGCCCGGCCCGUGUCCCCCCGGUGCCGGCGGAUGGAGCUGAGCUGUGCCAUGGGGGGCAGCACCGCCGCCCCCCCGGGCCCCGGCCCGCCCGCCGCCGCCGCCGGGGCCGGGCUGAUGGAGGGCGACGACUACGAGAGCCUGGGCAGCGGCGUCGCGCUCAGCACGCACAUGGUGGCCGGGGCCGUGGCGGGGAUCAUGGAGCACACGGUGAUGUACCCCGUGGACUCGGUCAAGACGCGGAUGCAGAGCCUGCAGCCCGACCCCAAGGCCCAGUACAGGAGCGUGUACGAGGCUCUCAGGAAGAUGGUGCAGACUGAGGGGCUCUGGAGGCCUCUCCGGGGGGUCAAUGUCACCAUGCUGGGGGCUGGCCCUGCCCACGCCUUGUACUUCGCCUGCUACGAGAAAAUGAAAAAGUCUCUCAGCGAGAUUUUCCAGUCAGGAGGAAACAGCCACUUGGCCAAUGGCAUCGCUGGGAGUGUGGCCACGCUGCUCCACGACGCCGUGAUGAAUCCUGCUGAAGUGGUGAAGCAGAGGCUGCAGAUGUUCAACUCUCCCUACACGUCGGUGCUGGGCUGCGUGCGGGCGGUGCGCAGGAGCGAGGGCUGGGCGGCCUUUUACCGCAGCUACACCACGCAGCUGAGCAUGAACGUGCCCUUCCAGGCCAUCCACUUCAUCAGCUACGAGCUGCUGCAGGAGCACCUCAACCCCCGGCGCCGCUACAGCCCCGGCUCCCACGUGGUGGCCGGAGCCCUGGCCGGGGCCGUGGCCGCCGCGGCCACCACGCCGCUGGACGUGUGCAAGACGCUGCUGAACACGCAGGAGAGCACGGCCCUGAGCUCCCUCAACAUCAGGGGCCACCUGUCGGGCAUGGCCAAUGCCUUCAGCACUGUCUACCAGCUGGGGGGGGUUGCUGCUUUCUUCAAAGGGGUGCAAGCUCGGGUCAUUUACCAGAUGCCCUCCACGGCCAUUGCCUGGUCUGUGUAUGAGUUCUUCAAGUACUUCCUGACCAAGCACGGGCUGGAGAAAAAGCCAUCCUCGUGAGAAUGGAGUGGGGAUGUGCCUGUGCCUCCCUGCAGCAGCUGGGACACAUCUGUGCAUUUCCCUGCACCAGCUGUGUUCACAUCUGUGCAUCUCCUCACAGCCAGUUGUGUUCACAUCUGUGCAUCUCCCUGCAGCCAGCUGGGUUCACAUCUGUGCAUCUCCUCACAGCCAGCCCAGCUGGAUUCUGCUGGAUUCACAUCUGAACUCUCCCUGCAGCCAGCUGUGUUCACAUCUGUGCAUCUCCUCACAGCCAGUUGUGUUCACAUCUGUGCAUCUCCUCACAGCCAGCACAGCUGGAUUCUGCUGGGUUCAUCACGUCUGUGCAGCUCCCUGCAGCCAGCACAGCUGGAUUCUGCUGGGUUCACAUCUGAACUCCCCCUGCAGCCAGCUGUGUUCACAUCUGUGCAUCUCCUCACAGCCAGCUGUGUUCACAUCUGUGCAUCUCCCUGUCUGGGGUUCCUGUGGUGCUUGGUCACUGAGUGCCCCCAGGGAUUCCCGAUCACUGAGUGUCCCCCAGGGAUCCCCGAGUGCCCCCAGGGAUUCCCAUGGUCACUCAGUGUCCUCAGGGAUUCCCAUGGAGCUCCCCAGGAAUUCCUGGUCACUGAGUGUCCCCUGUGAUUCCCAGUCACUGAAUGUCCCCAAGGAUUCCCGGUCACUGAAUGUCCCCAGGGAGUCCCAAAUGUCCCCAGGGAUUUCUGUGGAGCUCCCCAGGAAUUCCUGGUCACUGUCCCCUGUGAUUCUCAGUCACUGAGUGUCCCCUGGAAUUCCUGAGUGUCCCCAGGGAUUCCCAGUCAGUCUGUCCCCAGGCUUUCUGGGGAUUCCUGGUCACUGAGUGUCCUCAUGGAUUCCUGGUCACUCUGUCCCCAGGAAUUCCCAAUCACUGAAUGUCACCAUGGAUUCUUGGUCACUCAGUGUCCCCUGUGACUCCUGUGGUCACUCAGUGUCCCCUGUGACUCCCUUGGUCACUCAGUGCCCCCUUCCUUAAACAACAACAAAAAGAAGAGUUUAUACAGACUUUUAUAUUAAUAUAUAUAUAUUUAAUAACUUUAUUUUGCAGCAGUGAAAUUUCAAGCUGCUCUUUUUCUGAUAAAUGAGAUAGAAGAUGGAGUUUACUCCUUGCUGAAGGUUUAGGUUAUC